AUGUUCAGCUGUGAGCGUGGUGCUCCAGAGAACAAGAGUGAACUACUCGAAGCCAUCGAUUCCGUUGUCCGCACGAACCCAGUCGCAGGCUGGAAAGGAAUCUACGCCGUUGGAGAACACGUCAGCUAUAUUAACGGGCUUGGCGAGGACGAGUCAAACAAUUCUCUGGAUUACUUUCUCAAUCUUGUCAUAGAGAAUCAUGAUCUGCAGGUUCGACAGCCGGCGGCAGAAGUCCAACUAUGUCGCGAUCUGCGAUAA